AUGUCCAAAGCAAGGGUUGCCCGAGUCCGCUCGCCACUGCUCCCUUGUACCGGAAUCUUGCAUUUCGAGGCGACACCCCACGCCCGAUCCACCGUUAGCCAUAUUAAUGUACGUAGAAACUUUACAGACGGCUCAGCCAUGUGUCCCAAGAGCCAGGUAAUCUUCACCUCGAGACAGGGUCGGCAAGGCCAAGGAUGUGAUGAGUGGCUUGGAGUGAAGUCCAAAAGGUCGGAGCUUGGCUGGGAUCUUCGAGUGACUGCCAAGACAUGGUACGAUGCUCCCUCGGAACAGCUACCCCGUAAUGUGCCCCGUUCUUUGGUGUAGAUGACGGGGUCGAUGACGCUGCUACGGGUACAGCU